AGCAACCUUCGCCUACCAUGCAGCCAUAUCUUCACUGCAGGGUGGCGUCAGGCGAAGCAUGAUCUUCUCAAUUGUCGCCAGCGUGGUCCUUUCGAUCGCCAUCUACGCCAUGUGGCACGUGCUCGAAGUUUCGUACCGGCACAAGGCCGGAGUCCUGGUCAAGGCCAAUGACGACAGCGUGACCGAGCCGGCGAAGGAGACCGCCCGCCCAACGCAGCAGACCACGCCGUCGCUCCUCUGCACGUCGCCCAGCUGCGAACAGUUCUCGAGCAUCUUCCAGGACGCUCUCUCCUACGACCACGAACCCUGCUCGGACUUUUACCAGUUCGUCUGCAAGCGCUGGAGCGUGCGGCUGCCGCACGAGUACACCGUCAAGGCGGAACACCGGCACCGCAUCGUCGCGCUCAUGAGCCGAGUCGUGAACGCGCUCCCACACUCCGCGGCUUCCAGCUCCUCGGAGGUGAGGGCGGCCAACCUGUACUGGAUCUGCAUGCAGCCGGACAGCAACGUGGACACGCUCAGGGAGUUCAUGCGCGUCGAAGGCGUCGCCCUGGACGAUGACGACGAGCCGGGCGAGCACCCGCUGAAGCACAUCGUGCACCUGAACGUCCGCUACGGCUUCGAGAUCAUCUUCAACGUCGCGCGAGGGCAGAUCGGCGCCGACGCCGAGUGCAGCGGCGCCAAAUGGACGUUUAUGUUCGAUAACGUCGACGUCCACACGUACGCGCCCUUCAUCGAAGACCUGACGGGCAGCGUCCACUUCAUCAGGAGGGCGUUCGCACUAGUGACGGGGAAGGACAUUCCCGCAGCAGUGCUCCGUGACAUCAUCCACGUCGACGCGUUCCUGGUGAGCCUGCUUCACCGGUUCACCUGGUUGCCCGUGAGAAGAGCGUUCCAGCUCGGAAAAGGAGGCUUCUUCGCGGCCAAUGUGACCGUGGCCGACAUGUUCCUCUACCUCGGCGAGUCGCUGCACAUCCAGUUCGACGUCGAGGACUGCAUAGUGGUCGCGUCGAUACACAUUAUCCAGCUUGUCGAAGAGAUUCUCACAAAGUUCAACACGACGCAGCUGAACAGGUACGUGAAAUGGUCGGUGCUGCGUCGCAUCAUUCCCAUCGCCGAGCCGACCAUCCUGCAGCCAAUGCAGCUGCGGCACUACUACUGCUACACCAUGCUGGAGCGGCUGCUGCACUACACACUGUCCAGACGAUUCCUGGACAGCGUCGUGGAGGCCGGAGGUUCCGCGACGCGCGAGGCCUCAACCAUGAUCAGGAUCAUCCUGCGCUCAGCCCUCUCCUUGGUCGACGCCAGCAGCUGGAUGAGUAUGGGCCAGAAGAUCAGUAUUCACCAAGAGCUGGCCAAAAACACCCGCGUCUUGGGCUACUCUGUCUCGCAAGAGCCUGCGGCGUCGACGAUUAGGACGUGCCAGCUGAAUAGAACGUCGCCGUCCGGGCCGCUCGUGUACCCGAUGAGCACGGAGGUGACCUUCAGUUCGGAGGCGCACACGCUGUCCGUGCCGGCGGCCCUGCUGAUGCCGCCAUUCUUCGGCUCCGACGGCCUUCCCGGAAUCAACUAUGGAGCCCUUGGUUUGGCCGCGUCCAGCGCAUUGAUGGGGCUCCUGGAGCUGUACUUGUCCAGUGACCAACAGUAUCCGGGGAACUCCGAUAGCGAAGGCGGCUUUGGCAACCGAUUAGAAUGCCUGAAAAAGGCCUACCAGGAAGAUAUGGGAGCCGACCGAGGCACGUUGAACAAGAUGGCUGCGCUGCGAGAUUUCGUGGGCCUACUGCCCACGUAUCGGGCCUUCGUGUCGACGGCGUCCGCCCAGCGGCUCCGGGGCCUCCGGUGGAUGAGCGAAGAGCAGCUGUUCUUCGUGGCCUUCUGCUACCAGCAGUGCGAGAAUGCGGGCGACGAGCGGUCCUCGAAGGCGGUGCCCGUCUCCGCCUACCGCUGCAACGUGCCGCUCCGGCACACGCCGCAGUUUGCGGACGCGUUCAACUGCUCGCCGGAUUCACCGAUGGUGUCGCCCGAACCGUGCACUUUCUGGGACGAAGCCUUGGAGCAAGCCGCGAUGCGAACAGUGAGAAAACCUGUCGGAUCCCACUGA